CUCUGUAGCUGUCAGUCGGUAAGCAGUAGCUUCCCCCACGACUUUGCUUAUGUUAUCGUUGUCGUGAACGCGUUCACGUAUAAAACCGCGUCUCAGCUGCAUAUUCCCCUCCGAUCAUUCUCACCGACGACGGGAAGACUCACGAUGAGCAGCUGGAAAAUCGACUGUGCGUCGCCCGCGUGAACGUUUCGGCAAAAUUACGCGGGUGAUUGUGUGUUGUGUGGCCCCGAAGGGAGUGUCGUUAACCUCGCGCGCGCGGAGAGAGAGCCCGUCGUCGAAUCGGUGGUUCCCUCGGUGGAAAUCGCGCGUAGAUACCCGACGGAGCUGUCAAUCUCGCGAAGCUCGGUGCACGGUACGUCGGUCGUUCGGUCAGAAUGUCGGCGUCGGCAGCGUUCCCGGCGUCGCGACAGUGAGAGGAAACGCGCGGUAAGGCGACAGCGAGAGGCCGAGUGCCGUCGAGAAUACAGCUCCCAGGGUGAGAGCCGUGUCCAACGUAGAGAUUUAAGAGCCCACCGAGGAAAAUGGCGGACCUCGAGGCGGUGCUGGCCGACGUCAGCUACUUGAUGGCCAUGGAGAAGAGCAAAAGCACACCGGCUGCCCGUGCGAGCAAGAAGAUCAUCCUACCGGAUCCUAGUGUGAGAAGCGUGAUGCACAAAUAUCUGGAAAAGAAGAGGGAAGUUAACUUCGAUAAGAUAUUCAAUCAAAUGUUUGGUUACCUCUUAUUCAAAGACUACUGCGAGAAUGUGGCGGAGGAGCCGAUUCCGCAACUUAGGUUUUACGAAGAGAUCAAGGCGUACGAGAAGCUCGAAUGCCCGGAAGAGAGGAGAAAACUUGCCAAAGAGAUCUACGAUAAUUUCAUCAUGAAGGAGCUGCUGGCACACUCCCAUGAAUAUUCCGCGGAAGCGGUGUCCCACGUUCACAAAUACCUUAUGAAAAACGAGGUGCCCGUUAAUUUAUUCGAGCCGUAUAUCGAAGAGAUUUUUAAUCACUUAAGGGGGGAGCCGUUCAAGAAAUUUCUAGAGAGCGAGAAGUAUACUCGUUUCUGCCAGUGGAAAAACCUAGAACUGAAUAUGCAAUUGACAAUGAACGACUUCAGUGUGCAUCGGAUAAUAGGGAGAGGCGGUUUCGGCGAGGUGUACGGGUGCCGGAAGGCAGACACAGGGAAAAUGUACGCGAUGAAGUGCCUCGACAAGAAGCGAAUAAAAAUGAAACAAGGCGAAACUUUAGCGCUCAACGAAAGGAUAAUGCUUUCGGCAGUCAGUACCGGAGUAAGCUUUACUCAGGAAUACGAUAUCCUAAAAGUGGAUUGUCCGUUUAUAGUGUGCAUGACGUACGCGUUCCAAACGCCGGAUAAACUCUGUUUCAUUCUGGACCUGAUGAACGGCGGCGAUCUUCAUUAUCACCUUAGCCAGCACGGGGUGUUCAACGAACGGGAGAUGAAGUUCUACGCGGCAGAGGUGAUACUGGGAUUGGAGCACAUGCACCGCAGGUACAUCGUUUACAGAGAUCUGAAGCCGGCGAAUAUUCUCCUGGACGAGCACGGCCACGUGAGGAUAUCCGAUCUGGGCCUGGCCUGCGAUUUCUCCAAGAAGAAACCGCACGCCAGCGUAGGAACGCACGGAUACAUGGCGCCGGAAGUGUUGUCGAAAGGAGUGACCUACGAUUCCAGCGCCGACUGGUUCUCGUUUGGCUGUAUGUUGCAUAAAUUGUUGAAGGGGCACAGUCCGUUCAGGCAACAUAAAACGAAGGACAAACACGAAAUAGAUCACAUGACACUAACUAAGAAUGUCGAGCUGCCAGAAACGUUCUCGCGGGAUUUGCGUUCGUUGCUGGAAGGUCUGCUGCAGCGAGACAUCAACAACAGACUCGGCUGCCGUGGCGGUGGCGCGGACGAGUUGAAGGAACACUCGUUUUUCAGCGGUAUCGAUUGGCAACAGGUUUAUCUCCAGAAAUACACGCCGCCGCUUAUACCACCGCGCGGCGAGGUGAACGCCGCGGACGCCUUUGACAUUGGCUCCUUUGACGAGGAGGACACGAAGGGUAUCAAACUGACGGACGCGGAUCAAGAGCUGUACAAAAAUUUCCCUUUAACCAUCUCGGAGAGAUGGCAGGCUGAAGUAGCCGAGACUGUGUUCGAGACAAUCAAUAAUGAGGCGGAUAAGUUGGAAAAUAAGAAGAAAGCCAAGCAAAAGCAGCGGUUCGAUGCGGAUGAAAAAGGAUCUGAUUGCAUUUUACACGGUUAUAUUAAGAAAUUAGGCGGCCCGUUCGCGAGUGCGUGGCAAACACGUUAUGCAAAACUCUAUCCCAAUAGAUUAGAAUUACAUCCCGAGUCAACCACGACGAAGCCUGAACUCGUUUUUCUUGAUCAGGUCGAAGAAGUUAGCGCGGAUCUUCAGCACGUAAAAGGAGAACAGUGUAUCGUUGUUCGUAUGAGAGACGCAAAAAUAGUACUUACGAAUCCUGAUGAGAUCAGUCUGAAGGAAUGGGCAUUGUCACUGAGAUCUGCCCACAAAUGCUCGAUGGAGAUGCUGGGUAACAUGGCGAAGAAAGCUGGCAAGAUUUACGGGACUGAACGGGACGCAGUGAUUCCGGCAAUGCAGCGCUCGACGAACGGCAACUAGCCCAUUGCUAAAACGUGUACGCCGUCGUCAUACUCCAGUCCCACUGCCCCCCAGCAGCAACAGCAGCAGCAACUUUUUUUAUACUGAGAAUCAACGCAGAGAAAGAGAGUUAGAGAGAAAGAGAGAGAGAGAGACCUAGAGAAAUUUCCAACGAGUGAACGGAUCGGGAGGUGAUCAGGAGGCGAUUCCUGGCAAACGUGAUCAUCGGCGGAAUCCGAAACCGCGACCCGAAACGAAAAAGCAUCUAAGUCUCGAAAACAGCUCCAAAGAAAACACUCCCCUUGAACGGCGAGUAGCGUCGCGCUGUAUAGAGACUCUAGGAAGUAGUGUCGUACGAAUCGUCACGUCAUUAUAUUUGUACGUUAGCUGUAUGUGCAAUGUGGCGUAGGAACUAGCGACUGAACAAUGUCCAAUCGACACCCACGCGAGCGAACGCGCUCACGCAAAAGUAUCCACACGAGAGACACACGUACACACACGCCUGCACGCACACACACGUACACACACACACACACACAUACCACACGUAAAGAACACGAGAAUGCAACCGGUAGUGUUAUUAUUGUUAUAUCAAAUAACGAGAUACGCCCUGAAUCCCGAUUAUACUUCUUCUACACUGUUCUAUACCGCUCGUUUACUUAAUUUAUUUACUAAUGCAGAACGAUUUUAUAUUGUCGUUACGUAAUACGGUAAUACACGCGCGCGAAUUCGUUUAUUUAUUGCGUUGGAGGGAAACAAGAGACAAACGAAAGAAGAACUCGAUACAGUUUGUACAUUGUCGACAGCCAACCGAUGAUAGCUGUAAUAACGAAAAAAUCAAUAAAACGUUUAAAAAAAAAAAAACACCAAAAAAAAGAAACAAAAGAAAGAAAAAAAGAAAAAAAGAAACUAUGUACGCUCGAGUGGAUAAAGACGAGUUCGCUCCGGCAAUAAAAUUGUGCGACGAACGUAGAUCUCGUCUACAUUUCUUCAUUCUGCUCAGCCCUAUGUCCAGUGUAGGGAAAUACGUAGCUAUUAAGCGAAUCGACUAAAUCGAACACGAAAUAAGAAACAUCUUUGUCUUUAUUUUUUUUUUUUUUCCGUUUCUUUGCCAACUACGUUACGUUAUCAUCUAAUAUGUAAUCUUUAUAUAUUUCCAGCUAAAGGCAAUUACAAUAAAAAAAGAACGGACUUGCAAUAUUUUUAACCAUGACAAGUAUGAACAAAAUUUCAAAUCGUAAAGGAUGUUCUGCGGGUUCUCUGGAUACGUGGAAGUUCUCCAAGAUCUAAAGAGCGUAAUAAAUUUAAACUUUAGGAAAUCACGAUACGGCCGAUAUCGAUAUUAUAGUUCGUAUGUAUUUGUGUUUACUACAAAAGAAAAAAGAAAAAAAAGUUGUAUAAAUCGUUUUAUGUAUUUUUA